AUGACCUUGCUGCUCCCUCUCCUCCUCCUCCUGCUACGGCUGCUCGCCAAUGCUGCGUGCGGCGUGCGUACACCUCCGCAAUUGCCUCGCCAAUUCCAAGCGGAGGUGCAAGUGUUGUCGCACCUCACCGACCCCCGACAGGACUAUCCUCCGUCCAUGGGGAGGAUGAAGGUGCAGUACGACUUCGAUCAGCAACUCGCACGAGCUGAAAUGUUGGAGGGAUACAACGCAGGCAAGACGUUCGUACGACGCUAUGACCAGAAACAAGAGUUUAUGGUCAAGGGCGGCGAGUUCCGCAAGUGCGAGCGAGCGUACUUGGGGGACGCCAUGCCGGCACCAGAGAUACCUUUCACCCAAGAAUUCGUGGCAAUGGAGAGUGUGCGGGGCAAGGUGUGCGAGCACUGGGUACAUGCACAUGAGGACGCCCGCGUGCAUGUGUACAGUGAUGUUGCUACGAAUGUUCCCAUUCGCCUGACGGAGGAGAACGUUAUUGACGGGCAGCCUACGAUGCUCCUGACGUUCGAUCUAUUCGACGUCCAUGUGGGACCGCAGAACGUGUCGAGCUUUACCAUCCCAGACGGAUACGAACGCAGCGACUGUGUACGAAACGUUGGGGGCUUCCCGUAUAUUCAUGCCUUCCACUACUACCUGCGGUUUUAG